CGACGCGGAACGUCAGGGUUCUGAAGAAGAAAGGGACUCUCGUAGUCGCCGCCGUCGAUCCUUGGAGACCCGUUACUCCCACUUUUGUCAGACAAUUGGAGCAGAAAAUAUUAAAGCCGGACGCUCUAAAACCGGUUUAAAAACAAUCCUCCGACGUUCAGUGCUAAUUCCGGACAUCUAAAAUUGUAAAGAGACUUUGCUCCAAGUUCAUAUUUUUCGCUAAUUUCAAUUUCAUUCUAUUUGAAGAUGUUAUAAACUUAUGUUUUGUACUUAUGUAUUAAUAAAUACGAAGAUGCAUUGCGUUGUAUUCUUCUUAACCGUCCUCAUAGCCGUUGUUGUGAGCGGCGGUCCCGGAUGGAAAGAUCACAAUGUGCAACGCGGAAGUGGCUUAAAGAUUGGACUAGGUGGAUCUAAAAACGCUUCGACGGCCCGAGGAAAUGGUUUAAGACUCGGGCAAGGGGCGAGAGGAUCUGUGAGGACAACUACCACGACCGUCGCUCCCGAGGAGGAACAGAUCCAAGCCCCGUCCAUUCCGACGUAUUCAGGAGGUUUACCGCAACUUCACGUCGGAAUGGUCGUCCCGUACAAGUCUUUCGGUACGCGCGAAUACACCAAGGCAGCCACUUCGGCGAAGAACGGUCUCAGGAGGAAGUUUGUCACGUUGUUCAAGAAGUACGAUCUGCAAGUCCACACCGUUAUGCAAGAGAUGACUCCAAGUCCCACAGCUAUAUUGAAGUCCUUGUGCCAGGAGUUUCUUUCGUACAACGUUUCCGCAAUUUUGUACUUGAUGAACUACGAACAAUACGGCAGAAGUACAGCAUCUGCACAGUAUUUUUUGCAACUGGCAGGUUAUCUGGGAAUUCCGGUGAUCGCCUGGAAUGCUGAUAACUCUGGCCUUGAGAGACGAGCUUCGCAAUCGUCGCUACAAUUGCAACUGGCACCGUCCUUGGAGCAUCAAACAGCUGCAAUGCUCAGUAUUUUGGAAAGAUACAAAUGGCAUCAGUUUGCAGUAGUCACCAGUCUUAUUGCCGGGCACGACGAUUUUAUACAAGCAGUUCGGGAAAGAGUUUCUGCUAUGCAGGAUCGAUUCAAAUUCACGAUCUUGAAUGCUGUAUUAGUGGCGAAGAACGGGGAUUUGGCGGCUCUUGUGGAUUCGGAGGCAAGAGUCAUGCUUUUAUAUUGCACAGGAGAGGAGGCUAUCGGGAUACUAUCGGCCGCCAGAGACUUGAAACUUACUGGAGAAAACUACGUCUGGGUUGUCACCCAAAGUGUUAUAGAGAACCCGAUGCAAGCCCCACACCAAUUUCCAGUCGGAAUGUUGGGGGUACAUUUCGACACGUCGAGUACAAGCUUAGUGAAUGAGAUUACAACGGCAAUUAAAGUAUACGCGUACGGUGUGGAGGAUUACACGAACGAUCCCAGGAAUCUGGGCCGAUCACUGAAUACCCAGCUGUCAUGUGAAGGGGUUGGCGCCGCCCGUUGGGACACUGGGGAUCGUUUCUUCCGGUACCUCAAGAACGUGAGCGUCGAGGCGGAUGCGGGCAAACCGAAUGUCGAGUUUACACAAGACGGCGUCUUACGUGCGGCAGAGCUGAAGAUCAUGAACUUACGACCUGGAGUCAGCAAGCAACUUGUGUGGGAGGAGAUCGGGGUGUGGAAGUCAUGGCAGCGGGAAGGUUUGGACAUAAAAGACAUAGUAUGGCCUGGGAACAGCCACACGCCUCCGCAAGGUGUACCCGAGAAAUUCCACUUAAAAAUCACUUUUCUGGAGGAACCACCGUACAUCAACUUGGCCCCACCGGAUCCAGUCACAGGAAAAUGCUCGAUGGAUCGUGGCGUUUUAUGCAGGAUUGCCACAGAUGCCGAAAUCACCGA